GGGGCAGUUCAGCAUCAUCAAACAAACCAGACACAACCACUAACGCACAUAUACACGCUCGCAAUACAAAGAUUGCACUUAAGAGACUACUUUAGUACCUCGGUGUCUCUCUAUACAGACCUCCAUUUCUCCAGUUUAGUUCUUUCGAUACCCCGUCCUUUCGUCCUCCUAUCACAAUAUCAUGAUGGCUAGCAACGAGCCGCAACCAGACCCCAUAGCCAACAGCAAGCCUGAAGAUCCUUCAGAUGAUGCUCGCGCCGAUGUCACAGCCGCUGUUGAAGAGCUCCUAAACUCUCUGUCUAAUAAAUUCGCUGGUGUCUCGUCAGAAAUCUUUGCGAAAAUGGAUGAGAUGUCCCGGAGGCUGGAUAAUCUGGAAGCAGCUCUCCAAGAGGGCAAGGCGAAAGAUGGAGGAUCAACCAAGUCCUCGUAAGAGUUAAUUCAAAUAAGGGAUACAGGGUAUUUAGGGUUUCUCAGUUGUUUCGAUUCAUCACAUGCCAAUAGAAGUGCUAAUAUGUCUCGUUACGAAUUUUAUCCUGUCGAGUCUAGUCAACGAAGUUCCAAAUACAUAAAACCCUUUGAUUCGUGACUUCCUUUCUGAUCUCAUUUAUCAUAAGGCGUACAUGGUUCUUUACAGUUCAUCC